AUGAAAUUUCUCCAGGUUUCUCUAGUUAUCUCAGCCGUAGUAGGCUACGUGCUUGCAGUCGGAUACGGUGGAGGAUCCAAUGCUGGUGCCAGCAAUUAUGGUGGCAGUUCUGGUGGGGCAAGCAGUUAUGGUAGUGGAUCGAGCGCAUCUGGAGGAAGUUAUGGAGGCAAUGCAGGAGCUACCAGUUUUGGAAGUGGAGCAAGUGGAGUUGCUUACGGAGGUGGAGCCGGAGGUAGCUUCGGAGGAGGAGCCUCUUCAUAUGGGGGAUCAUUUGACCAACAAGGCGGCGCGCCCAAGCCGUACAGCUUCGAUUACCAAUCGACAGACGAGCAAGGCAACGUCCAUUACCGAAAUGAAGAAGGAGAUGCCAGCGGUACUGUCCGAGGUACUUAUGGAUACACCGAUGUCCAAGGCCUUUACCGCGUAGUCGAGUACGUGGCUGAUGCCAACGGGUACAGAGCCCAGAUCCGAACCAACGAACCAGGAACCGAUGGGAAAGAAAGUCCUGCUGAUGUUGUCAUGACUGUUGAAGAACCUCCCGCAGGACUUCAAGACAGGUUCAGUGCCGGAAGCGGACGUGCUGGAGGAUUUGCAGCAUCCAGUGGGGGUUCUGCCAGCUACAGUGGAGGAGCUUCUUCCGUUAGUGCAGCGUCAGCAGGUGGUUAUGGUGCCGGUGCUGCAGGUGGAUUUACUGGACUCGCUCCAGCAAGUGGUGGCUCCCGUGGAUUCAGCGGUGGAGCAGGAGCUGCAAGAGGUGCAGCAGCCAGCUAUGGAGGAGGCAGAGCUGGUGCUGGAUCAGGUGGAAAGAGUGGAUAUUAA